AUGAAUUAAUUAUAAUUAUCAUAAGCAUAGUCACCAAGAGAAAGUAAUUUCGAUUAUGAAGAAUAACCUCAAAUAUAGUCAAUUCAAUUACAUUAAAGAAGGGCAGCGCUUUAAAUUAUCACUAAUGUAAUCUUACUAAUAUAACGAAUCUAGAUAUAAAUUUUAGUCGCUAUAUUUUAAAUAUUCUUAAUACUAUUUAAUUCAUAUAUCGCCUUUGAUUUAAGCUAUAAGAUAUCAAUUCUAUAUGUAACAAUUUUGCAUUUUCUCUAAAUCAUAAAAAUCGGUGUAUAUAAUAACAAGUAAAGUUAAAGAAUUAAUUUUGCCUAGAAAGUUAUAUCACAAUUAGUAUUGCUGCAUUUAGAUAUUUUGGGGAGUUCUCUCCAUUUCGUAUUACGUAAUAUAUUUGAAUUUAGCUUAAAAGGGUUGCUUAAUAUAUUUCUUAGAAAAUGAAGACUUUCCUAUUUAGUACCCGAUACUCAUGCAUUUGAUAUUCACCCUUACAUGGUUUGUGUUAGCACUACACACUUAUUUAAAAAAUAAAAAUGAAAAAAGCUUUAUAUUAGUGGUAAACUAUUAUAGUUAAUUUAGUUGACAGUUCUAUUAAGGUUUUUUUUAGUUCUCCAACUAAUGAUGAUUAAUCUUAAAUAAAUUCAAUGGAUAGAUUGGGAAUGGCUAUAUGUAUUUACAAUACUUUGGAUAUUCUUGUCUAUUAUUUGUAUAUUUUAAAUCAUUUUUUUGUUUGAUUUUAUUUGCAAAGCAGCCUAAUUUUUGUCAGAACGAGAUCCCCUCAACAGGGAAUCAAUUAAUCAGUAGAGUACACAUAUUAAGCAGGUUUAGUUAUAGGAUCAUUAUGGAUUAAUUUACUAGUUUUGUGCAUUUCUGGCCUUCCAACCUUUAGUAUGGUGUGCUACACUAUUAAGUUGUCAACUGGAAAAGACAGUUACAAUUCUCUGUCAAUUACCCUAUCAGUUAUUUACUCAUUAGUUUUUAUAGUCUUUACAUUGUAUUAUCGAAUGGCUUUAAGGUUAGAAAUAUAUUUAUUUAAUAAGUCUAUUUGUAUCUUAAAUCUAACAAUCAAGAGGGGUAGAAAGCAAUAUUGGAAUCAACACUGAUAAUUUAUAAAGAUAUCGAUUGAAUUCUCCAAGUUCGAAACAUAAAAAUCACUUAAUAAAAAGCAAAGAUUAGAUCCUAAUAUAGCUUCCCUAAUAUUUAGUAUUUAUUUAUAUUUAUGGCAAGAUUAGAUUAUCACAAACCUACUUUUUGCCAGCAAUUAAUAAUGAUAAUUCGUCAUAGUUAAAGCAAUCAUAAUAACUAUAAGCUCAAUAAUAGCAUAUCAAAAAGAAUAAAACAGAUUCUGAAUAACCUAAAUUAAGCAAUCGUGUUUCUCUUACUGAGAUUAAUUCUGACAAAGAUACACAAUGCUUCAAUUGCUAUUAAAAUGAAAGCUGUGCUGUUUAUAUGCCCUGUGGACACGGCGGAUUAUGUGUGAAGUGUGCCACAGAAUGGUUUACUGAGAAAUAAGAGUGUUUAAUUUGUAGAAAAGUAAUUAAUAUCUUCAUUUUCAACUAGCCUGUUGAGUCUGUUGUAAAAGUUUCAUAGUCUGAAUAAAAUAAAGUGUAGGUAAUAGAUGUAUUGGCUUUUUGA